AGCCAGGAGCGUGUGUGCGAGUGAGAGGGAGGAGGGAGGGAGAGGCCGGGGGCGGGGGGGCUGCUGGGGACGACUCUCACAUGGUGGGGAAGCCGGGACGCUCCGAGGGGAGGAGAGAGCUCGGGGCUAUCGCCUCCCUCCUCGCCAGGGGAUGGGGGUGGCCCCUGGACCAGCUUCCCCCCCACCCCCGCCGUGUCCUCGCCCGCCCCGCGGCUCCCCACUCCCUCCCAUCAGGGCGCCCGCCGCGCCAGCUCCACUCCCGUCCCCUCCGUGUGCGGGAGUGGGGCCGCGCCGCGACCGCCGCCCUCCACCCCCGCCGCCUCCCGCCCCUCGACGGGGCGGCUGCGACCUCCCCAUGGGGGAAGAGGGGCAGGUCGCUGCCUCCCCCCGGACCCCCUGCCUCCUUUUCGUUCUCUCUGCUCCCUGGCUCGGCUGUGGGGAAUGGGCGGGGAGUGCGAGGGUCUGCAAAAACCUUCAGCUGCCUGCCCUCCCUCGGAGCUGGAUACCUGGCUCCAUCUCUCCUCUCUCUUCCCUCCAGUGGCCCUAGGGCUGGCAGGGGCAGCUCCGCACUCUCUCCUGCCACCGUGCGUACGUGUUUGCAAGCGGCUGCCUCUCCUCCUGGCUCCUGCUGCAGCUUCCAGACCCAACUUUCUCGCCCCCUCACUGCGUCGGAGAGCCUAGCAUCGCCCCCCCCGCCCUGCUCCCCUCCUCCCUGUGCCUCCGCAAGCCCUGGUGUGCCGGGGCACCCGCACCCCGUCCCACUCACCGCCGCACCUUCUGCGGUGUCUUCCAACGCUGCUCGGCAGGACGGAGCUGUGCUGCAGUGUCGUGUCCCCUUAAGCUGGUCCAUGCGUCCCCAGCAGGGCAUGAGGCAUGCGAGGACUUGGCCCACUGGGGUUUUACACUCCUUAGUGUGGUUUCCCCUCCUUUUGGUCGCUGUCUCCUUAAGUACAGUGGAAGAAACUGUCUUUCUCGGAUGGGAGGCCCCCAAAAUUUAAAAUUACCUGAAUUUGAAAAUGAGGGUUGGAUUAUCACUUGCUGUAAAUCAGUAUCUUUUCAUCCAGUCUGAUGGAGCUAAACCUCUUUCGAAGUGCUGACAAUGCAGCUGUUAACAAUAAACUUGAAACAUAAAUAAAAUCACCUAACAAAA